GUAAGACGUUUAUUGACAAUAUGGCCGCUGUGCUGGGUUUGGAUUUGGAGAAAACUGUAAUUUGACAGCACCCACCGGGGCUGCGAUAACAACCCAUUUCCAUAUCAGGAGUGUACAGAACAGAUGCAUUUGAAUGAAGGGACCUGCGAAUCCACGGGAUGGUGUCAGUGAGCUGAGGAAACGUUCAGAGUGUCAAACCCGUCAUGUCGUUUUUCAAGAGGAAAGCCAAAAGCAAAGAACCUGAGAAAGUGACAGAUUCUAAAGUCAAUAGAGCUCCACCCAGCCCUCACUCUCCAUCACUUGGACUGAGGAACCACCAUGCCAUCCAGGAAGCUGCCGGGCCCAGCCAUGUGGCCAUCAACGCCAUCUCUGCUAACAUGGACUCCUUUGCCCGCGGUCGCACCGCCAUCCUCAAGAAACAGCCGAGCCACAUGGAGGCUGCGCACUUUGGAGAUCUUGGUCACUCCAGUGUGAACUAUCAGCCCCAAGAGGACCGCUCUCGGCUGUCAAAGACGGUGGAGCAUGUCCUUCGGGACAACGUGGCGAUACCCCACUACAUGCAUUUCAUGGAACACCAGGGCGCUGACCACCUGGUUCGGUUCUGGUUGGAGGCUGAGAGUUUCCGCUCUACCAGCUGGUCGCGGGUCCGAGCGCACAGCCUAAACUCUGUCAAACACAGCUCCUUGGCUGAGCCCGUCCCUGCCUCCCCAGGCGGCUCAGCCGCAACCAAUGCUCUCACCCGGGACAGUAGCAGUGAGCGGCUGGCAGCGCACCCAGAGCAGCGGGACUCCUUCAGCACAGAAGCAGGCCUGAGACCUGGCACCCCUCAAGCUGGAACCCCCAGCAGGCAGGCACCCUCCCAGACAGGGACUCCCUACAAGGCGCUGUCAAACAGCACCCUGCGAGACCUCUCAGACAAACUCAUGAAAAUUCUAGAGAAAGAAGCAGUUAUCAUCUUCACUAAGUACAUCUCUCCAGAUGCUGUGAGGCCCAUCCCCAUCACCGAACAGAUCAGAACCGACAUAGUUGCUAAGAUAUGUGGAGAGGAUGGCAUGGUGGACCCAAACUGCUUCGUCAUUGCACAGUCGGUAGUCUUCACCAUCUUGGAGCAACAGCACUUUAGCGAAUUCCUGCGGAGCCAUCAUUUCUGUAAAUACCAGAUCGAAGUGUUGACUAGUGGCUCUGUGUUCCUAGCUGACAUCUUAUUCUGUGAGUCAGCCCUCUUCUACUUCUCUGAGUUCAUGGAAAAGGAGGAGGCGAUGAAUGUACUGCAGUUCUGGCUGGCAGCAGACAACUUCCAGAACCAGCUGGCAGCUAAAAAGGGCCAGUAUGAUGGCCAGGAGGCUCAAAAUGAUGCCAUGAUCCUCUACGACAAGUAUUUCUCACUCCAGGCUACCAACCCUCUGGGCUUUGGCGACUCUGUGCGGAUGGAGAUAGAGUCGAAUAUCUGCCGAGAGGGGGGGCCCCUCCCCGACUGUUUCACCACUCCACUCAGACAGGCCUGGACCACCAUGGAGAAGGUCUACAUGCCAGGCUUCCUGUCUAGCAACCUUUACUACAAAUACCUGAGUGACCUCAUCAACUCGGUGCGGGCGGACGAGUUUGUGAAUGUCAGCACUGCGGGUCAGGGCGGGCCCGCAGACAACGAGCGUUCGAGUUCAAAUGCCAGCGAAGGCUCUCAGACUCAGCAAGGUACCAAAAGGGCAGCGAUCAAGAUCCUAAAAAACUUUGACGAGGCCAUCACGGUGGACAUCGCCAGCCUGGACCCUGAGUCCCUGUACCAGCGGCCAUACGCCGGAAGGAUGACGUUUGGGAAGGUGAAUGAGAUGGGCCAGUUUAUCAGGGAGGCAGAGCCAGAGCCGGACGUGAAGAAAUCCAAAGGUUCCAUGUUUUCUCAAGCCAUGAAGAAAUGGGUCCAAGGCAACUCGGAUGAGGCCCAGGAGGAGAUGGCAUGGCAGAUUGCCAAGAUGAUUGUCAACGACGUGGUCCACCAGUCAAAUCACGACAGCCCCGGCAAGGCCACCAAGUUAUGACCCCACUGAGGAACCAAAGGACUGGCACUGGCCAAGCCACUGACAAACUAUACACAGGGUUCACCCUACAAUGAACUGCAUCACUCUGAGAACGAACAAGGCAUUUUUAUCACCUCCCCCGCCCAACCAUAGUGUGGCUGUGUGUGUGGCUGUGGCUGUGUGUGGCUGUGUGUGUGUGGCUGUGGGCUUGGGUGAGUAAUUGUUCAAGCAUGGGCUAAUGGAAAAGUUGAUAUACAUCAUUGUUCCAAUCUUCCAACUCCAUGAAACUUUUAAGGUACAUGUGUAGUAGUCAAAGGUAAGGCAACUCUAAGCGCUCUCAUCAGAGUGGAGGAAGUCACUCCUGAAGAAAGAAAACAUACAACACACACACUUGAAGAAAGCCGGCAUGAAGAA